UGAAAAGACUCCGGGCGCAAAGACUCAGUAACCAGAGGCGCCGAGACGCGACAGCUGAGGAGGAACCGAGAAAAGCCUUCAAGUCCACGUCUCACAUCAGGAGUAUCAGGCCGCUCACUCAGAGCCAUGCUCGCUGCCUGUUUGGAGUUCCUCGGCUUGGCGCUGUGCCUCACGGGCUCCCUGCUGGUGAUGGUCGCCUGCGGGCUGCCGACCUGGAAGGUGACCGCUUUCAUCGACUCCAACAUCGUGGUGGCUCAGACCAUCUGGGACGGUCUGUGGAUGUCCUGCGUGGUGCAGAGCACCGGGCAGAUGCAGUGCAAAGUCCACGACUCGGUCCUGGCCCUGUCGCGGGACCUGCAGACGGCACGAGCCCUGACCAUCAUCUCCGCCGUGCUGGGGAUCGUCGCCCUGACGGUGACGGUCGCCGGGGCGCAGUGCACCAACUGCAUCAAGGAUGAGACGGUGAAGGCGAGAGUGGUGAACGCCGGAGGCGUCAUCUACAUCAUCAGCGGUCUGUUCGUGCUGGUCCCGCUCUGCUGGAUGGCCAACAACAUCAUCGUGGACUUCCACGACCCGCAGGUGCCUCCGUCCAAGAAGCGGGAGAUCGGGGCGGCGAUCUACAUCGGCUGGGCGGCCACCGCGCUGCUGCUGCUCGGCGGGACCCUGCUGUGUUGCUCCUUCUCUCAGGUGGUGAGAGGCGCGUAUCCCAUCAAAUACGCGCCCACCAAGACGAUCACAGCCAACGGGGACUUUGACAAGAAGCAUUAUGUAUAAACGGAGAUCCAGUUUUCCAUUGGGGGACAUCUGUUUUGGAGCAGAGCUGAGACAUGUCCAACAUUUCUGCUGUUAAAGUCUGACCUGAUGUUCAGAGGAAGCUGUGCCUGCUCACAGACUUUGGUCCAGUGCAGCGGUGCUCAUCAGGCGUUAGACGCACAUUGUGGCUCUGACUGUUCUUCUAAGCAUGAACUGAUUUUUUUCUUUUUCUUUUUUUCAGGUAGCAGAAGUUUUUCUCUCCUAAUGGGCUCUGACCUGUUUUUAAUGCAUUACAAGUCCAAAGCACAUAAAGUCUGAGGAGCCUGGUUAUUAACAAAUUCACUGGUUCACACAGAAAAGCAGUUAAAAGAUGAGAGGCUGAAAUUUGUUGUCACAGCUGUUGUAAUCAUGUCAUUGUGUGGGUUGGGUCGGGUGCUGAGCCUCAGCUGAAUAGCUGCAGAGCUGCUUUGUAAAUUAGUUGUUGUUUUUUCUCCCGGUGGACUGAUUGUGCUUCUGUGAUCGGUUCCCACAGUGAACAUGCAGCAGGCAGUGAAGCCUGUCAGGCCAAUGUGCACUCAUGUCCUGAUCAAAGGAGGGAAUUUGCAUUUGAAUACAUGUACAGUGUUUGCAAAUCAGUGUCACGAUUUCUAGUCUUUUGAUAGAAACUUUUUUUUUUAAAUAAUAAUAAAAAAAAGACUUUAA